UUCCAGCAGCUUCAUGCGACUUCUUCCCCAAGCUCAUCACCAUCGACUCUGAAAAACAUUCUUCAAGUGCAAUCCUAUACUAAGAGACCAUGGCCAAGGGUGGGAAAGGCCCCAAGGGCAAAAAGAUCACCCUCAAUGUGGCCAAGAAUUGCAUCAAAAUCACAUUUGAUGGGAGAAAACGCCUUGACCUAAGCAAGAUGGGAAUCACCACCUUCCCCAAGUGCAUCUUGCGCCUCAAUGACAUAGACGAGCUGGACCUUAGUCGGAAUAUGAUCAAGAAAAUUCCUGACUCCAUCUCCAAGUUCCAGAACUUGCGAUGGCUGGACCUGCACAGCAACUACGUCGACAAGCUCCCCGAGUCCAUCGGCCAGAUGACCUCCCUGCUCUACCUUAACAUCAGCAACAACAGGCUGACCACCAACGGGCUACCUGUGGAGCUGAACCAGCUCAAGAACAUUCGCACUAUCAAUCUGGGCCUCAACCACCUGGACAGCGUGCCCACCACGCUUGGGGCACUGAAGGAGCUCCACGAGGUUGGGCUCCAUGACAACCUGCUGAGUACCAUCCCUGCCAGCAUCAGCAAGCUCCCCAAGCUGAAGAAACUCAACAUAAAGAGGAACCCUUUUCAAAGUGCAGAUGAAUCAGAAGUGUUCAUAGACUCCAUCAAAAGGCUAGAAAACCUCUACCUGGUGGAAGAGAGAGACCUGUGUGCAUCUUGCCUGCAUAAAUGCCAACAGGCCAGGGACAAGUUGAACAAAAUCAGGAGCAUGGCCCCCUCUGCACCGAGAAAGGCACUCUUUUCCAAUUUGGUUUCACCCAACUCAAUGGCCAAGGAUUCCCAGGAAGAUUGGAGGUUGCGCUCAACAUCCACCUCCUAGAGUAGCUUAUGGCAAAAUACAUGAAGAUCAAUCAGCUAACAGAAAUAAGCGAUUCUGAAGAGGAAAAGUCCCAAAUUAGAAGACAGAGUGGCACAGUGAAUAUUCUGGAAGAUGGGCUCUCCAAUGCGGCCCAA